GUGGACGUCGACACAACGAACAUUCUGUUUAUCGCAUCGGGUGCGUUCUCGAAUCUUGAGCAAAUUGUUGCCCGAAGGGUCGAUAAACGGGUGCUUGGUUUCGGCGCUACAUUCGCUAAUGUAGCUGAAGACCUAUCGUCCACUGAUGAAACGAUUGCUGGCGAGAAGCGCAACGAACUGUUGAAGCAAGUCGAUCCUUCGGAUCUAAUGCAGUUUGGAAUGGUACCCGAGUUGGUCGGGCGCUUUCCCGUGCUCGUGCCUUUCCACGCAUUGGAUGAAAAGAUGUUGAUUCGAGUACUACAAGAACCUCGCAACAAUCUUAUCUCACAAGCGCAGCGCUUCUUCGCCAUGGACAGUAUUCAACUCAGGUCCAUUCUGGAGGCUGUGCUGCUGCAGGCGAAAUUCGAAUGUCCUGGCACAGGCGUCCACACGGUUGUCAUCACAGGUAGCACAGUGCGAGGCGAAACGGAAUAUCUGACAUUGUCGUCUUCAUCCAACAAAAGCCCCAACACAGUUGUACCGAUAGAUUCAGCGUGA